AAUGGUACUUAUAUUACAUUCAAUGAUGGAUUUUAACUUAUAUUAAUUGUGAUGUUUGCAACCACAUUGAUUGCUCACGGGCGAUGCAUAACGUAUGAGUGCUGUAUUAUGUACAUACAUGCAUGUAUAAACAAGUGCUGACACGUAUCAUAUCAAACUAAUAGUUUAUGCUUCGCGUAGGCAACGAUUAUCCGCGAGUUCAACUCGUCCAACGUGUCUACCUUCAUUAGUUUAACGUGUAUCUUAUUUAGCUAGGAGUGUUCAUAGUAAUCGCCUGCCAAGCAAUUUCUCUGCACAACAUUGAAAUGAAUGAUUGUCGAGAGCGUGAAUGACAGUGCCAAAGUGACAAACUGAUACGUUCCUAUGCGAAGGAACUACAAAGCCCUAAAGCGGUUGACAAAAUUUUCGUGACACAGAAUUUUAAAAAUAGCCAGUGGACGCCACUUCGGAUAGAAAUUAGUUAGAGGAGACUCACGGAAUUGUACAAAGGUUCCAAAGUGCUCUUCGGUUCUUAGUAACGAAGCUUCAUUUAGUUUCCUUUGAUUAGGCGUACAAGAUUUAAAUGGAAAACAACCGUGACCUAUACCGCGAGAUAAAUUACGUUCACAAAUAACUGGAGAUACCGGAAUUAUCAGGAGUUAAUGUCCGUGUUUGAUAACGAUUUUGAAUACGAUGAUAUCCAAUAAACGAAACUAGUUUAUCGAAGAUAAUUACAACAAUGCUGUGCUGUUUUACUAAAUAGUUGAUAGUGUUUAAAAAUGUGUAGCUAUUGACGUCAUGGGGCGACGGGGAAAUAUGGACAACAGAUUACACCGAUAUUAUCACACAUACGACUAGCAGGAUCAGCGCCAACUAAAACACGUCCAAGUGGGAGUCACAACAGACCGCAACGGUGCAAGGACAGCAAUUCUUGCAAAGGAGAAACAAUUCUUGCAAUCCAACACGUGGCACUUCUUGAGAAAUCUGUUCAGCCACUAACGUUGACAUUUCCAGUCAGAGUUGUCCAGUCGUUCGUGGACAUUAGAACGGUGCAGUACGUUCUUACGUCCACGCGUGCACACGCACAACCAAAUUACCGUAAUUCUAAUUUUAUCAUGCGAAUUCGUGACAGUCCUAACAAAGACCACUUGACGAUAAUUGGUGAAACGGUGAUGAGACGAUCUUGAACAAGAAAAGAAUUACAAUCGUAAUCUAGUUGCUGAUUAUAAUGCAUCAAGUAAUCGGUGAGUUAAACUAGUUGACAAUUAUUGGUGAAACAACAAAAUGAAACUAUAAUUCAUCAUAAAAAAUCAGAUGAUAUCACUUGACAAAAUCCGAGAAAUAUAACCAUAAUCUUCUAAGUAUAAUUUAAAGUUGCUAAUUAUAAUACAUCAACAAAUAAUUCGUGAGUUAAGCUAGUUGACAAAAACUUGUGCAAUAAUAAGACAUUCUUGAUCAGGAGAAAACCGUAAUUCAUCAUGAAAAAUUAGUUGAUAACAUAAAUUAGCAAAAUCGUGGAACUAUAAUCGUAACAUAGUUGCUGAUUCUAAUCAACGAAUAAUUAGUAAGUUAAAUUAGUUGAUAAUAACUGCUGAAACAACCAGACAUUCUUGGCUAUUCAUUUGUGGACUGAUAAGAAUCAGUUGAUAAUAACCAUCAAUUGAAAAAAUCGUGAGACCUUUGGAGUUCAUCUAUCGCUGUGAUAAAAUAUUUUUCCUUAGCAAGACUUGAGUGGUACCAUAGAGGAAAUAAUUUCAACAUAAUUGCUUUCGAUUAUUUUUUAUAUUAAUCGAGGAAAACAGUUCGAAGGACAUAUUUCCCAAGGCAAUAUGGCGAGCGUUGACAGAAAUCUGGAAGAGCUGAUGGCCCAUCUGGGGGAGUUUGGUAAAUACCAAUGUUGGCAGUUUUCGCUGCAUAUUAUCGGCGCCUUGACAGCAGGUCUGCACAUGUUGACGCUAUUAACAGUCGCCGCUGUUCCACCCCAUACAUGCAACGUCCCCAAAUCGAGUUUAGUAACCGACUCUCCUAACAUUACAUUAUCGAAAUGGAACACAUCCGUGGAAUCUCUUCCCCGAGCGAUCGACGCUUGCCACUAUUUGGACUUAAACGAGACAAUUCAGGACUGUGAAUCAUGGACAUACGAUACACAAUACUUCCAAUCGUCUCGCGGAAUGGAAUGGGACUUCGUCUGUUCGCAAAGGUGGAUGGGGGCGGCCGCUCAGUCUUCGUACAUGUUCGGCGUGUUCAUCGGCGCAGUGACAUUAGGCAGUUUAGCAGAUAAACACGGGAGGAAAGUAAUAUUCUACAUAUCAGCAGUGGCGCAGCUUAUACUCGGUGUGACAGUAGCCCUGGUGGACAACUAUUACAUCUUCCUCGUUUUACGAUUCCUAUAUGGAAUCUUUGGUUCAGCCGGGGCGUAUAUAACAGGAUUCGUGUUAACGAUGGAACUGGUUGGACCGUCGAAGAGGACCAUGUGUGGCAUUAUGUUCCAAAUAGCGUUUGCCGUUGGUUUCAUGCUGGUGUCGGUUUGGGGCGCACUGAUAAAAGAGCGAAUGUGGCUACAAAUCGUUUACGGCCUUCACAGUGCGCUGAUGAUUGGACACUGGUGGCUGAUGGACGAGUCACCGCGGUGGUUAUGGGCCCAAGGCCGCGUUAGUGAAGCUCUCGCAAUCAUACAAAAGGGUUUGAAGAUGAACGGUAACAAUGUGGCCAUAGAUACUGAUAAAUUGAUCGGCGAAGGGAAGAAACAUAGGACCGUGGAUUACGAAGAUCGGUCUUAUGGAGCCUUGGACCUUUUCAGAACACCGAAUCUCAGAAAGAAAACGUUAAACGUAUGCCUGAACUGGUUCGCGAAUUCUAUAGUGUAUUAUGGUUUGUCGUUGAACGCUGGGAACCUGGUUGGCAAUCCAUUCUUCAUGUUAUUCCUCAGCGGUUUAGUGGAACUGCCCUCGUACAUUCUGAUGUGCUUCUUAAUGGACCGGGCUGGAAGAAGAUGCGUGGUUUGCACUUUCAUGCUGAUCGGUGGCGUGUGCUGUGUAAUCGCUUCUACUAUCCCAACUGGGACCGACAUAGCAGCCACGAGUAUAGUGACGAUCGUCCUCUUUGGGAAAGCUUGCAUCGCUGGUUCAUUCGCUGUUAUCUAUAAUUACACCGCGGAACUGUUUCCUACGGUCGUUAGGAACACCGCUUUGGGCAUCGGCUCGAUGUGCGCGCGUCUCAGCGGCGCUUUGACUCCGAUGAUUAUGCUACUGGAUUCGUUCAAUCCGAAAGUGCCGGCGGUUUUAUUUGGCUGUGUGGCUCUCGUUUCUGGGUUUCUAUCAACGUACCUGCCGGAGACGUUGAACCAACCGAUGCCGGAAACGAUAGAGGAUGGCGAGAAUUUCGGGAAGCACGACACAUGUUUCAGUACGUGUAUCGGGUCUGAUAAGAUGGGCAGCAGUUACGAGGUCACGUUGAAUCAGUUGGCUGACAAGGACGAGAAGGAGAAGCUGAAUCAGGAGGAAAAUGUGAAGGAUAUUACUCCUCGUUAAUUUUAUCCUUCGAGCUCUGUUUAUCUGCGACAAAAAUUAUUUGAUUGUGUGUACAGCUUGUGAUUGACAAUGAAUUUUUACCUGUUUUUGAUUGCGUUAAUUUUCCCUAGGUUGAUAAGAUCCGAAAAUAGUAAUAAAUCUAUGUCUUGAUUUUUCAAUACACAAUUAACAUGUUUGAUUAAGUACUAACAGAUUUUCUGUAAUUGUUCAAAAAUCAAUUGGAGAACUGAAUCCAAUAUUAAUAUAUAUUAUGUUUUACAUUUUAAUUAAAUUUUUAAAUCGACGUAUAAGAAAACAUGCAUACAGAUACACAUUUCCAAAUUAAGGAAGAAAUGGAAAUUGGGUUCUUAUGAAAUAUUUGGGUACAGAUAAAUGAAGAAAUAGAAAAGCCAUCAGUACUGUCUGUAUUUUCAACAUUUAUUUACGUUCAAUUACAAAACAAAAUUACAUACAUAAUUAUUUCUUAAUAAGUAGAUGCAAAUCAAGCUACAUUAACGCCAAAUCGACAGAGUAAGGCAUAGAUUUAAUACCAUUUUCUAUUCGUAUCUUCCUAGGUGAAAUUAACAAUAAAAACCUGGUAGAGAUUCAUUGUUCUAAGAUGUACAGAAUGAGUCUCAUAACAUAAAGAUUUCAAAUAAGGUAUUUGUGGUACGACAAAAAUUGUUGAACAAAUGUUGCAUGGAUUCCAGGUAAUGCUAUGUUGUGAUCUACUUUUUGUUUUUUUUUGCUUUUUUACCGAGAUAUGAGGGUCAUCUUCAGCUUUUCAAAGAGAAUGUCCAAUAUUUUUUCUCGAAUUUCAAUAAAGCAUCAAAUUCUAUACUGGCAAUGAGGAUUUAUGCUAAUGAUUACUGAAAUAUUCUCAAAUCUUCUAUUAAGAAAUAGUGGAAGUACUUCAUGUCUUCAGUCAACGUGAUUAUUAAUACGACUUUGUUUCCGAUGACAAAUCAUGUUUGUAAACACUUUCUUCGUUAGAUGUUAGAUAUACAUAUGAUCUAUGAUGAUUUGAUAAUAUUAGAUAUAGUAUGAUAUGCAGCUUAUUGUUAGUUUAGCAGUUACUUAGUCACAUUGAAGGAGGCACUACAUUUCACGAUAUUAUAUUCAGCGAUGUCCAGUAACAGAGAAAAGUAUGAAAAUUGUUGCAUGUAAUAAAAAUACUGAAAGAGCUGAAGUAUUAUACUAAACCAAGUAUCCUGAUCAAGAUCAAUCAUCGCAUUCUAUUUUUGUAAAAGACUUGCAAUUAACCCUUUGCGGACAGGAGUGUAAUUUCAUUGAAAGGAAACCAGACUGUUUAGUCUAUUACACCCAUGCGUAUCUUAUCGCUCAGAAUGAUAGACUUACGCGUAGCUCUCCAUAAUACGCCUUGUAGCUGUGAACUAAGUUGGGCAGCUAUAUGCUGACACGAGUCCGCAAAAAGUUAAUAAAAGAUUCCAAAAAUAUGGCAACUGCAUUCGUGAAAUUGACCACGAAAAGUGGGAAAUGAAGAUUUGAUGCGAAUUUGGAUAAUUGCUCACCAGAUCAUUAUAUCAUAUUUCAUUCAAAGAUCACUAACAGGUCAAACACAUUGUAAAUUUUUGUCUAAGACACUACUAGAAAAUUUAUAAUCUUUUUUUAAUUUGGUGCUUUAUUGAAAUUCGAGAAAAAAUAUUGGAUAUUCUAUUUAAACAAACUGAAGCUUUCACAUCGAGAAAGCAAAGAAGCAAAAAACCACAGCAUUGCAUGCCCCCCUGAAAUCCAUGCAACAUUUGUUCGACAAUUUUUAUUGUACAAGAAAGAUUUUAAGAGUUGUUCGAAGUCAGGAUUCAGUUUCAAACUUAAAAUUCCUUCAAGGUUUCAUUCCUAGUAUUCACUUUCAAUGUUAAAAUACAUAGUAACACUUGAAUCCUCGAUAAUUAACAUGAAUUAGAAGUGACUUGUGAAUCCCAACUUUCUAUUUCAAAACAUGUUUUUGUUCAUCGUAUUGAAAUUUCCAAAUUAAAUUUCCUGUUUCGAACUCCAUACGAAUUUUGAAAUCUACAAUUUAAUUUUAGAAAAUAUUUUACAAUAAUUAAAAUUGUCUGACGAUUCUUAAAAGGAAUGCGUUAAGUGUCUCAUUUAAAACUUUAACAUUUAUAAUAUGAACAAAUAUUACUUUUAGACAUGAAAGAAAUAAAAAAGAGACCAGAGCACUGCACGUUCUCUUGGAAGUCACGCAACAUUUGUUCAACAAUUUUUAUCGUGCAACAAAUACCUUACGUGUUAUUCGACGUCGUCAUGUUCGAGACUCACCUUGUAUGCUGUUGAAGCUUGAGAUUUUCUUGAGACAGCUUCUAACAAUGCGAGGCAAUGAUCAAUAGAUCAACCGCCAGUACAUAUUGUUACAGAAUUAUUUUGUAAUUCUAUAUAUUGUUAGUUAUACUGUUGCGGAUGAAUAUAACCGCAGACUCUUGUUGUCUGCGAGAUGAACACUGUUAUAACACGGUGUCAGGUGUUGCUAAUGAGAUCAAUUCAGUGAGACGAGACAUCAGAAAAAACAAAGACGCAUCGAGGGAACAAGGAGAUAGUCGUGAUUGUCAAAAGGGGUCCUAAUUAAAAUAAUUUGCAGUGUUUGGUAUUCUUAUUAUACAGGGUGGGCCGAAAAUCGUAAUACAACCGAGCAGAGGGUUAUUCUACCUUAAGAAAGAAGAAAAAAUAUUUUGGUAUAACAUUUUGUCAACCGGAGCUGCAUUCUCGUCAAAAUCAAAGUUUGUU